GCAAGCCUCCAAAGUUUCAGGAGAGGCUCAAUCGAAGUUUCAGGAGAGGCUCAACCGAAGUUUCAGGAGAGGCUCAACUUGGCUGGGGCCAUGUACUGGUGGUGUAAGAAGGCCCUUCGGUGUGAGGCAUGUGUUGGUGCGCAUUGACUGAAGCAUGACCUGCUUGUGUGCCAUGCUAGUUGUUUAGCACACCCCUCGGAGAAACCGGUGUGGUCAGCAGCAUGGGUCACAACAGCAUAACUGUGUGUGAGACGGGAGCCUGGAGGCAGGUUCUUUGCUAGGAAACUAGUGGAGAGGAGGAAGUGUAUGUGUGAAGGUAGGGGGGUAUGUGAUGGAUAACAGUGUGUGAGACUGGAGCCUGGAGGCCAGGUUCUUUGCUAGGAAACUAGUGGAGAGGAGGAAGUGUAUGUGUGCAGGUAGGUGGGUAUGUGAUGAUGGAUGGUGGCUAUCGCUGUAGGCCAAAGAUGCUGCUUUCUCUUUAGAAGUUUAGAUCCAUGUAAAUGAGAUGACCUCUGGUUGACGUGUGUGAUUGGAUAGGAUGCACGAGUCAGCACGACAGCUUUUUCAUGCGAUCUCCUCAGCUUGCUUGCCUCCGUGGUCACGCUUGUUUCGAAAUUACGCAUAGUUCGCAAUUUUUUCCUGAUGUGGUGCGUGAGGUCUUGCAAUCAAACACAUGAUGAAAUGCGGAUGGGCCGCUAGCUCAAGACAACCUGCACAGUCCACAUGCAUUUCUCCAAAUGAGGGACCUAAUGUGAUGAACUAAUGCUGUGCGACGAAAGCGGGACAAAAGUGGCGGCCUUAUAAUGUAGUGCUCUCGAGAUUGGCAGGAUGCUGUCAGGAGAAGAAAUUAGACGACAUUGCAAUCGGAUACUGACCGUUCAUGGCUUAGAGUGCACUCCAUAACAAGUUAGAGAGAGUUGCUCCCACGAGGGGAAACCCGAAGACAUGUCCUGCUAAUUAUGGAGUGGAUGGGUUAAAAGAAUUGAACAUCGCAACUCAUGCCUCUCUGUCCGGGCACACCAAAGCUCGCAAGUGUUAAGGCGAUGACAGGUUUUCCCUAUCCUGGUGCGCUGCUAACUUCUUCCAAGCUCUUUGACUUUUCAGUGUGAGCUAACGCGAGUUCUGCUUGCUCGCAGUUCAAGGACAGUGGUAAUCUUUUGCAGUGGAGGAUUUCAAAACAUGAAGUAGGAGCAGGAGCAGGAGCAGGAGCAGGAGCAGGAGCAGGAGCAGGAGGAAAGACAUGCAUGGUUCACCUUUUCUCAACAUUUGGGUUUUGUACUGCCAGCACAGUGCCGUGUGCUGAGGCAUGCCAUGCCUUGUUUGGAGCAGGAUCAGGAGCAGGAACAGGAGGAACAGGAGGAGCAGGAGAGGAGCAGGAGGAGCAGGAGGAGCAGGAGGAGCAGGAGGAGCAGGAGGAGCAGGAGGAGCAGGAGGAAAGACUUGCAUGGUUCACCUUUUCUCAACAUUUGGGUUUUGUACUGACAGCGCAGUGCUAUGUGCUGAGGCAUGCCAUGCCUUGUUUCUCAGUUUCUUACCGUAUUGUCGGAUCUCCUUCACCUGUCCACUUCUGGGUUUAUUCUUCUAUGCAUGGUGGCGAAUAUCCUGGUCAAGAACAGAGCUUGUGAUCCGGCUUAGAUUAGGCACAAAUGCAUUUGUGGUAAGCUGUCUGUGUAGCAAAAAAGAUUACCCCAUUUGCUUUUGCUUG